ACAAUUUGAUUAACCCUAUUUUCCCUAAAAUGUGCUACUUAUUAACUUGGAUCCCAUGCAUAACCCCUUAAUAUGGUAUUGGGCUGUUUUGGUAUAACAGGCCUCGGCCCAUUCAUAACAAGCAGCUUCUUCUUUUUUUUUCCAAACUUUUAGAUCGAUUCAAUUAGACCGUCCUGUUUCCCGCGCAGCCUUCGCAAUCGGCAAGUGCGAUAUGCUAAACAAUUCUCCUACAAUGGAGGAUCUCGACGGAGGAAUGGCAAGUGAUGUAGAGAGAGAAGAGGAAGAAGCUGUGACCGACUUACUCCGAGAUCGAUUCCGAUUAUGCACCAUCUCCAUUGCUGAAGGUGAGGCGAAACAAUGCGGUAUGGAGGUUUCUCAACCUAUCAUCACAUGUAUAUCUGAUUUAGCCUUCAAGUUUGCAGAACAGCUAUCAAAAGACUUAGAAUUAUUUGCACAGCAUGCUGGUCGUAAGUCCGUAAACAUGGAAGACGUUAUUCUUUCCGCACAUCGGAAUGAUCACCUGGCUGCCUCAUUGAGGUCCUUCUGCAAUGACCUCAAAACAAAAGAGCCCAAUUUGGAGAGGAAGAGGAAGAAGAAUCCCAGAAGGGAAGGUAGAGUUGCUCCAGAUUUACUUCGUACUCCAGACACUUAGAUUAGAGGUAUGCCCAGUUUCACCAUGUGUCCAGUUAGCCUAAUAGCUUAGUGAGAGCAGCAUCUGUGCAGCAACCACAACCUUUUGAAGUAAACAGGUUGACAACAUUACUGAAAAGCUACCUCAAAGUAGCGCCUAAAGUGGAAGGACAAGAAAAACUCUAAUUAUAUGCUUUACUUCUACAUUUUAUUUCAGUUUUGUGUUAAAGUAUCUGGAGCUUCAAUAAACUAAUGAUUGUGCAAGUUUGGUGUUUGUAACAAGGAUAGUGAUUGAUUUGAAAAUAGAAUUAUUUAUGCAAAGGUUGAAAUGUUUGCCUGUAUUCCU